CAAACUUCGGCGAUGCUGUCACACUCGUCGAUUUGAGUCGCAGCGAAUAGCUUGCCCCACGCAUCUAUGAUGUACGAGGACGACAGCCUCUUGGACUUGAGCUGUGACGAAGACUUGCUGGCAUUGGGCCAUCUUGACGACACACCGCAACUCAUGAUGGAUGCUACGGCCGACCUCGUUGCCGAGCUUAUGCGGCGCGAGCAGGUCCAUCGACCUGACGCGGCCUACCUCAGCACCGUUCAGCGCGACGGCAUGGACGCAUCUUGGCGCGUGCGCAUUGCUGCGUGGAUGGUUGCCGUCGCCACCGAAUUCCACUUCGCCGACGAAACCAUGGACCUCGCGGUAAACUACCUUGACCGGUACCUGUCGACAAUGUCUGUGUCCCAGCACGAUCUGCAGCUCGUCGGGCUCGUGGCGCUCUUGAUCGCGUCCAAGUUCCACGAGCCAGACGCGUUGCUAGUCGCAGAAGCGGUCAACUUGGCGCAGCUGGCAGGGUUCACCGGCCCAAUGAUUCGGACCAUGGAAACGUCCAUGCUGCGAGUCCUCGAGUGGAAUCUGCAUGUGGUCGUUCCCACACACUUUGUCGAUUGCUUUGUCGCCGACUUGAACUACUCGUCUGGAAGGACACUGCGCGACGCGUGUCAGCCGUUCCUGGCCGCCAGUCGGGUAUCACAUGAGGCACUGGCGUUUCUGCCGUCGCAAGUCGCGGCCGCCGUCGUGACCCUCGCCUGUCAGUGUACCCAUGACGUGGCAUCCCCACCGCCGUUGAAAAGCAGCAGCCAGCUAUUCGAAAUCAAUGCGACGCAGGUCGACUUGUGUCGGCGGCAUCUGUUGCAGCAUUGCGAACCCGAGCGCUCCAGCAUGAAGCGAGACCGAUCGCCGAGUCCGCUGGGUGUGGACGAUCUCGUGGACGAGUCGGCGCGGUUUUGUCCGCUGGUGGUGAAGCGGCCAAAGUGCCAAGUGCUGUAGUCGAUGUGUUGGUGAUAGGUGGAUACAGUAGGCCUGCGAAUGAAUUGAUAGUUGAACGUGUAAUAAAUAUAUAGAGUGCCCUGAACGCUGUCCAUGUACAAUUACUUGCA